GCAGGCAGGAGCCAGUCGGACUCGGCCGCGACCUCAAUUGGCUAAACGCGCUCCUCCGGCCGACGCAUCGAGGCAAGGCGGCGCGCGUAAUUGCGCCGAGACGCCGUCGCGGCCGCCCUCGCUCGAAAUCGGAAAGAGCCGCGCGCGCGCAUCGAUCCGGCGCCGCGCUGCUCGGCUGGCGCGCGGCGCGCGCCGCCGGCUAUAUUGCCAGGCGGCUGGACGCUCGUCGGCUCAGUACGACGCGGCGCGCCGCAACGCUCGCGAUCGUGUGCCGCGCGCUGCCCGGGUCCGCCGACUUCCCCAGCGAGCAGAUCGAUCGAGGAUGCGGGCGCUGCUGUGCUCGUUCGCUUGUCUGCUGGUCUUCGGCGAGGUCAGCGAUGCACGAAGAGGAGCCGCCACGUUUCACCGAACGUACGAGUGCGCGCAGGGCCACCGGUGCCAGCGCACCGCGCGGCCGUACGAGCUGGCCAACGCGGUCGGCGGCUCGCGGCACGCCAGCUUGCAAGCCUGUCGGCUGGUCUGCUCCCCGAGCGCCGGGCUUUGGCCGAUUCCCACGGGCCCCAUGACCACGGGAGCCAACUAUCUGCCGGUCAACCCGGAAAGCCUGCGCUUCCCGAAGGUCAACGGCCUCGGCAAACAAGCGGGAGUGUUCCUGAAGAGCUCGUUCGACGCGUUCAAGAGGAGCCUGCAGGCGAGCUGCGGUCACGAGUGCGAGCCGGCGAGAAGGAAGGUCGACGUGCGCCUGGCGGUCGAGUCGUCGAACCUCUACCUCGGCUGGGAAACGAACGAGGCCUACAGUCUCGAAAUAGCAACAAUGGGAUCCGACGUGACGGUGAUAAUCUCGGCGGCGACCGUGUACGGCGCUCGACACGGCCUCGAGACGCUGUCGCAGCUGAUAGUGCCGGUACCAGGGUCGAACGGGACGAGCGGGCUGGUCAUGCUGGACAGCGCCAACAUUCGCGACAAGCCGGUGUUCCAGCAUCGCGGCCUGCUGAUCGACACCGGCCGCAACUUCCUGCCGGUCCGCGACAUCCUGCGGACCAUCGACGGGCUCGCCUCGGUGAAGAUGAACGUGCUGCACUGGCACGCGACCGACACGCAGAGCUUCCCCAUCGAGAUACGCGGCGUGCCUCUCAUGGCCAUGUACGGAGCCUACGGCCCGGACAAGGUGUACAGCGUGGAAGACAUGCAGCAGAUAGUGCGCCACGCGAACUCGAAGGGCGUGCGAGUCAUCGUGGAGAUCGACUCUCCGUCGCACGCCGGCGCGGGCUGGGAGUGGGGCGAGUCCGAGGGCCUCGGCAAGCUGGCCGUCUGCGUGAACCAGCUGCCUUGGCGCGACUACUGCAUCCAGCCGCCCUGCGGACAGCUCAAUCCCGUCAACCCGAACACCUUCGACGUGCUGAGGAGCAUCUACAAGGAGCUGCUGGCCACCUUCGGCAGGAACCAGAUGAUGCACCUCGGCGGCGACGAGCUCUUCAUCGACUGCUGGAACUCCACGGAGGAGGUGACGCAAGGGAUGUCGAAGAUGGACCUGGGCAGGACGAGCGAGGACUUCCUCAAAGUCUGGUCGAGCGUUCACAAGAGGGAGCUGGAGAUACUGGACGAGGAGAGCCAGCAGGACAAGAGCAGCGACAAGGCGAUCCUCUGGAGCUCGCAGCUGACCGCGCCCGAGCACAUUGAGAGCUACCUGGACAAGGCCAAGUUCGUGGUGCAGACUUGGGUGGAGGCCGACAAGGACCUGAACGCCAGGCUACUCGACUUGGGCUACCAGCUGAUCGUCUCCACGAAGGACGCCUGGUACCUCGACCACGGCUUCUGGGGCUCGACCAAGUACCACAGCUGGCGGGACGCCUACAACAACCGGAUCCCGCAGCACCAAGGAGUGCUCGGGGGCGAGGCCUGCAUGUGGGGCGAGUACGUGGCGAGCGGCAGUCUGGACGCGCGGGUCUGGCCGCGCGCGGCAGCCGUCGCCGAGCGGCUCUGGAGCGACCCCCCCUCGAAGGGCAGCACCGCCGAGGCCGAGCCCCGACUGCAAGCCCACAUCGAUCGGCUCAGGCGCAGAACCCGAGUGCUCGCCGAUGCCAUCGCUCCCGAAUGGUGCGACCAGCACGAAGGACAAUGCCAGUGAACUGUGAUAAUUCAUACUUGUGUUAUGUACAUACCCUCGUUAACGAUUUGUCGUUUCCAUGUGGAAAGCCUUUCAUUUUUAUAUAUACAUAUAUAAAGGAAGGAAGGAAAGAAACUUUACCUUCUAUUUAUG